AUGUCGAAUGAUAAAGGAUCAUUGGAUUGUCUCCCAAUCUAUUCAUUCUUAUUUCCGAAUGAAAAAGGCUCUAGCUUAUAUAAUGCCUAUGACCGGAAUGAAGUGGAAGAUAAAUUGGUUAUCAAAAUCGAUCAAGAUGAUAGAGCACCAAAGUUUUCUGUUGCAGAUGACAUUUCAGAAGUAUAUGGUUUGCCCGGGAUUCAUGAAUGUAUUAAUGGUCAAAAACCUUUAAGAGCC